UCCACGGAUGUUAUGUACUCGAUACUUUACGUCUACGCCCGAACGUCACCUAAUCUAAAAUUGCCGGAUAUUAUUAGACCACCUAGCUUUAUUUCUGCUCAGGUGCUAGGUGUGGGAAAAUGUUUAAGCACAAUUAUCAGGGUGGAGCUGGGGUGGAGGUGUUCAGCGGACAAGGAAAAGACCCCGUGUCCAAGUGGAAACUCUGUGGUGGCCAGUCUGCCAUUCGUAAAGAGUUUGAUAAAGAAGUCAAAGGAUAUGUUUACUGUCUGGAAGGUAACAGCAAGACUGUGAAGAUGCAAAUGCCGGAGAAUGUGAAAAUGUCAUUGGGACUUCUUCAGAGAUUCUUGGCCCUUCAAGUGAAUAUUCCUCAAGGCAAAGACUUUUCUAUCGAGCUUGUAAUUACUGAUGUUGGCCACCUGAAACGACGACUCUACUUAUCGACCGUGCAUAAAGAGUUGUCUGCCACACUCUGGCAUGCAAAACUACCUAUGGCAGGAGUGAAGCGCAAUAUUUGGACCACGUUGUUUGUCGAUCUCGUGUCCUUCACGGGAGAGUUGUUUAAGGCCGCCAGAUUUUUGUCCCUAGAUGGCAUCACCUUGUUUGCCAGCUGCAAAGUGCGGAGAAUCUUCACCGUUAAAACGGAGCCGACUGUAAUGACAAGUGAUGAUAUGUUUCUCACUGGAGCCAGUGUUAUGGAUCAGAUCCCUCGCAACUGCCAGUUUCCACCAAACGUUUCCCACGAGUGUCUGGUUCUGAACAUGGCAGUCUUGCAGAAGUCAGAUUUGAGGACAACUCAUGCAAGUCUCGACUACGGACCUGACCAGCAUCCUGCUGCCAGAUCAGCGGCUUCUCACAAAAGCAAGCUCCAGGCAGCUUUGCACACAGCCUCAGGCUCGAGAACCUCAGAACCAGCAACACAUGCUGGGAAAAAAGCCGCCCCAGCCACAAAUGGAAUGGAAAAAGGAGAACCCUGUCACGAAAAAACGUAUGUCCCACAAGCAUACUUAAAUACAACAUCCCAGCAAUUUAAUGCACACAGAGGAGAUACAGAACCAUCACAUCUUCAUCAAGAGGGAGCACCCUCAAGCUUGCAGCCGCAUCCUCCAAGAGGCAAAGUGCUCAGCAAGCAAGCAUCCGAGAGGAAAAUGUUACGCGUCCAAAAAACAACACCAGAGAGGCUUGAAGCGCUGCUGGAAGAGCUUGCUAAUGUUGGCCACAGCAGGAGAAAUGAGACCAGAGAGAAAUCCCUCCCCCCAUCAAGUGGACUGAAGAGCAGACAAGAACCUUUGACCCCAAAAGAAAUGACAGAGGCCCUAAAAGCAGGCCAAUGCAGUUUAAAUUCAAGUUCCAUAAUUCCGCCACCCACACCAGCAGAGCCUAUCCCUGGCUCGACCCGGGCGGCUUCCUCUCCUGACCCGCAUGUCCGGAGCUGCUGGGAGACUAAUGAUGAGGAGCCCGAGCUGCGGGAGGAGGUGUUCGAGUUCCCCUCCCCACCCCACUCACCCAAAAGAGGCCAAGGCCAGGGUGAGCAGAAGAUGGAGAUGAGAAGCGAUGGGGUUCAAAGCCCAAAUGGGACACGCAGUGAGGCUCAGCCCGAAGAUGAUUUCAUUGGCAGUGAAAGCGAUGAGGAAAUGAGCUACACUGCGUUAUCACAAUUAACAUUCAAUGCGGACUCCACUAAUGACAUUUCCCAAUCUCUGGAUCCAAAUUUGGGCCUUGAAGUCCAGCCUGAGGAUCGCAAUACCGAGGACACAUCAGUCGAAAGUCUUUGUCCAGCUGCCAGUGAUACGCACCUGCGCUCUCCAUCCAGCAAGCCACCUGGAAAUGAUGGGAUGUUUCCCGGACACCGUCACUCACCCUGUGGUACCGAACAGGAUGAGAGGUACGGGUCAGUCGGAGCAGGAGAAGGAAACCAGGGUAUUUAUUGGGACAACAGUGUAUCACUGUCAAGGAGCCUUCUUCAGGAAGUCUCACUGGAUGAUCCGCUCAAGGAGGAAGACGACACAAUGCAGCCUGGUGAUUCUGGUGAUUGGCACAUAAACCCAGCCAAGAGUCUACAAUUGCAUCAGGGGGAUGACGACGAGCUCCAGAUGCUUGCAAGUCUAAAAAGACAACAAGAGGAAGACGAAUACAAAGCCUCUGGCCUCAGUGCAUCUCCGAUCCACGAGUGUAAAGUCAGCAUGAGCCGGACCAGUGAGGACACGUCUACCUGGAUGCACUUCUCCAUGCCAGGUAAUCAGGCUCACCAGUACCAAAAGGAAAUGAACCCACUGCCUUCCUCAAAUCCCAGGGAGUGGAUGGAUGCGCUCAGCCCCCCAAUUCUGCCUCGUAGCAGGCACAGAAGGUCAGGCAACACAACUAACAAUCGAGAGGAUCUAAUCCGAGAGCCGAAACGAUGUUCCUGUAUGGAAAAGAUGUCGCGCACCGGACGAGAACUCAGUCCCCAAUUUUGCUCCUCUACAGUGUCGUCAAAAACAGGUUGGAAUGAAGCUUCACCCCGUAAUCAUCAUUUUGGUGGUCUUUGUCUCUCUGGCAGCAUUGGCAAUUGCUGUCUUUGUUAUCCGGACAUACUGCUUCCAAGCCAAUGUGUUAUGUCUAGUCGUUUCAUUGGGACCAAAUAUCGAUACGUGGUGCUCCGACAUCGGAACAAGGAGUGUCCGGAGAUGACAGAGGAGAGUCCAGUGAUGACAGAGGAGGACGGCGACACGGGGACGUCAAAGAUAGAACACGAUUCAGACGAGGAUCUGCUGGAAUAAAUCUAUGACAACGCCUCAGCUCAAUGAGUCCUGGAAGAACCGUACAAUGACACGCAUAGCACUCUUAAAACACACGGACAAGUUAUCCAAAUCCCAAUGAAGUCUUUUGAAGGCACUUUCAUGUUCUCCUCUGUGUUCCAAAUAUCUCUACAAAAGAGCCCAGGGUUUUUCUGUUUUGUGUUUCUAUGUGUGUGAGGGUUUGGUAGACCACAAUAACACUGACAAUCCACAUUACAAAUUGACAAUCCAUGUUACAAAAAACCCCCAACAAAAUUGCAAAAAACAAAAGAGGUGGCUUUUAUCUGAUGUAGUAUGCCCUCACUGGUCACUUCUGAACUGUCUGUUAGUGGCACAUUAAUACGCCCGAAAUAAAAAUAAACCUCAAGCGCUGCUAAUACAGUUUAAAAAAAAAUAAAAAUACACAGUAUUUCACUCGCAACACAGUAAAGGUCACUAAUUGGUGCAUGUGCAUUUUCAUUUCUAGCGGUGGCCUGAAAUGGUCCCAUUGCCAUUGUGAAUGUAUAACAUUAUCCUGUUACGAAAUAAGUGGCGUCACGUGGCGAUUUGACAUUUCGCAUGUCUCAAACGUGGUAAUUGACUUCUAAAAAUAGUCCGUCUGUGUCCGUGAGCAGGCCUGCCUCCCUUUUCGAGCCGCCUUUUUCCUUUUUUGCGGGCUAACGUUAGCAGACUUGAAGGAAAGUUGCCGCUCUUUGGCUGCGCCGCGUCGCACGAGGACAAUACAAAGGUAUCGGCCCGUCAGACGCUAGAAUAUGCUCGGUUUUCAGCCUCUGUUGCAAAAUGUAAUGUAAUAUUCUGCAUAUGUCCAGUUACCGAUGAACUCCGGAACGAUCCAUCCCAUCUGAUUUCAAUAGCGCUCGUCCUCGUUAGCGAACAGCAGACAAGUUGACAGUCAUAACUAAACAAUUAUAAAUUAAAUGUGAAAAAUGUGACGUAUGCCCAAGAUUGAAUCAAAAUGACUGAUGCUUUCCAUGCACACGUCCUAAGAACAAACUUGACAACUAUAAAUACCCAUCCAUGCAUUUUCUCUCCGCUAUCCCAGCUGAUUUACUGCAACCACACACGAGAGUCGAAGCUGGGAUUCAAACCCAGAGUCAACUGUGAGCCACACGUGACAACCACUAUUCCACCAUGCUGCUGCAUAUUUGAGCUAAAACCUGUCUUUUUAGUGUGCCCUUUUAGAGCCCAAAUAUUUAUUUUUAACAAAAGAAACAUUCGAACUGUAGUGUUUUCAAUGGCACCACAGAGCUCCGUUGUGCACAUUAAUAAAUGUUGGGAGGCUGCUGCUUCUCAACCACUCUAAUAUUCAAUUUAAUGCCAGAAUGGCAGUGCAAAGACUCCCUAUACUGGUCAUGUGCAGUAUUACAUCAAGCGACCUUGUGCAUGAAUUAACACUCUAUCUAGCCUCUCACAGUUAAAGGCACAAAUUGUGUGUACAAUUCUGUAUGACUUGCGCUUUCUUGUUUUAAUGGCGUAUUUCACAGCAACCGUUAGUGUUUGUUUCUGUGUGUGUGCUCUUGACAAAUAUGUAAGAUGACCAAUAAAAAAAGCAGUGUAAAGGGA